GCGUUUGAACGGAAGGUCUCCGGUUUCUGGUGAGACGGGAAGAAUGGAGACGGCCGUGGAGCCUGUGGUCCUGGACUGCCGGGGAGACCAACGGUGUAACGCCAGACCAGAUGUGGACUAUCCGCUUCGGGUGCUCUACUGCGGAGAAAUAGAUCUUAAGGAGGCCCAAAGGUUCUUUGCUCAGAAGUUUUCCUGUGGGGCGUCGGUAACUGGGGAGGAUGAAAUAAUUAUUCAGGGAGAUUUCACAGACGACAUCAUCGAAGUGAUUCAGGAAAAGUGGCCCGAGGUGGACGAUGACAGCAUCGAAGAUCUGGGAGAAGUGAAAAAGUGAGAUUCCUUUGGAAAAGCCACAAAUUCCGGCCUUUUUUUGGGACAGACGCCCAACUCUAGCCAAAACAGUCCAAGUGGGACUUUCCCUGACAGAUCCGUUUGAAGAGGCUUGUUCCCCCCAGUGGCAUUUUUACCGUGGUCUAUUUUAUUUUUUUGUCCGUGAUCUUUCUUUGCCAAAGUUUAAAUUUGGGGGAUGUGAGCGCAUCCUGCUUCGGCCUGGAAGUAGAGCGUUAAUAAAGAAGUUACUGUUCUUGGC